AUGGAUGGCAUGGAUACAGGCCUAAAGCGCAAAGUAGACAACACGAAGCAUACUACUGGCAUAAUAGAAUUUUACGAGGAGGGAACUCCGGCUUCUUCUUUGAAUUUGCCCACAGCAAAUGAUGACUCAAAUCCAUCCAUUUUUAAAAGGAUUAUUAACAAGGCGGCAUGGAUUUCUAAGAAAGUAGAUGCAAUGGGUGUGGAGUCGACAGGUAUUCAAAGAAUAUCUCCCUAUGAAAGGGGAUCAUCAAGAAGACAAUUCUUACAUGUCGCCGGCCUAUGGUUGAGUGCCACAGGUGGUCUAUCUUCCAUGUCGUCUUUUCUAUUGGGGCCUUUACUUUUUGGCUUAAGCUUUAGAGAAUCGCUGGCGUCAAGUUUGAUCUCCGUGGCAAUUGGUUGUCUAAUUGCUGCCUAUUGCUCAAUUAUGGGGCCACAGUCCGGUUGCAGGCAGAUGGUAACGGCUAGAUACCUAUUCGGAUGGUGGUUUGUUAAGUUUGUAGCGUUGGCUUCCAUUAUCGGUGUUAUGGGUUGGUCUGUGGUUAAUUCUGUGGUCGGAGGUCAAAUGCUUGCUGCCAUAUCUAACGACAAAGUGCCUCUAUGGGUUGGAAUUGUUAUAGUGACAGUAUGUUCCUUCUUGGUUGCCAUUUUUGGUAUUAAACAAGUCGUUAAAGUGGAAACGUACUUGUCCGUGCCUGUAUUGACAGCAUUUUUAUUACUUUACAUUUCAUCAAGUGAUAAGUACAAUUUCGUCAAUGCGUACUCUUCAAAGGGAAAUUUGGACUCUUCCACCCUAAAGGGUAAUUGGAUGAAUUUUUUCUCAUUGUGCUAUAGUAUUACAGCUACUUGGGGGUCUAUUACAGCAGAUUAUUACAUAUUAUUUCCAGAAGAUACACCGUACAUUCAAAUAUUCUGCUUAACAUUUUUUGGGACAUUUUUACCUACUUGCUUCGUCGGAGUUUUAGGUCUCUUACUGGCUUCUGUUGCUAUGUCGUAUAAACCUUGGACAGAUGAAUACGAUACUCAUGGCAUGGGUGGGCUACUUUGGGCGGGGUUUCAGCGUUGGAACGGGUUUGGAAAAUUUUGCGUGGUAGUUCUCGUAUUCAGUUUGGUAUCAAAUAAUAUCAUCAAUACAUACUCGGCAGCUUUUUCCAUUCAACUUUCUAGCAUUUUCUGCGCAAAAAUUCCUCGUUGGUUUUGGUCUAUCGUUUGUACUAUAAUUUGUUUGGUAUGUGCAUUGGUAGGCCGUAACCAUUUUAGUACCAUUUUGGGAAAUUUUCUACCAAUGAUUGGCUACUGGAUUAGUAUGUACUUCAUUUUGUUAUUUGAAGAGAAUUUGAUAUUCAGGAAGUUUUUCCUACAUUUAUACACAAGAGAAUUUCCUCCAGAUACAGAUGAAGUAAACGAAGCGGAACCCAUCGAAUCCUCCAAAGACUUUGAAAAGAGUACAGUGACGAAUAUUCAUUUGUUAAAAAGGAAACAUAAGGUGACUAUGCAUCGUUACAAUUGGGAUAAAUGGGAUGAUUAUGAUGUCCUAACACAUGGCUACGCUGCAACAUUUGCGUUCAUUGUCGGAGUUGCUGGUGUGGUAGUUGGUAUGGCACAAGCCUACUGGAUCGGUCCAAUUGCUGCUAAAUUCGGUGAGUAUGGCGGUGAUGUAGCAAUGUGGCUAAGCAUGGCGUUUUCAGGCAUUGUAUACCCACCUUGCAGGUAUUUAGAAUUACGUAAAUUUGGGCGAUAA